GGCCAUUGUAACCCCGAAUAAGUAUUUUAGUACCACAGGUACGUACCCCCAUCAACAGCCCAAUUCACAAGAGCAUCAAAGCGUCUCACUAGAGCUUAGAGAACAUCUCGGCCAGCGCCACCGCUGCAACAGGCACCUUCUCCGUCACCAUUGAGGAAUACCAAAUGCCGGAGUGGAACUCAAAUUGUGAUUCCGGUAGUCAUUCUAUUUGACUAAUCAAAAGCAGUAGUUGCAUCCCAACAGUAGUCCCAUUUCUACCUAUAUUCUAUUCUACAAACCAAAGGAGGGGUUAGUACUGGACUAGCAUUGGCUAUAAGAAAGAGGCACAUGCAAGUUUGUGUUCUCUUCCACUCCAGGCAAGCUCAUUUAAACUGUGUAGCUUUGUUAAAUGAGCAGAUGGUUCUCUGGGCUACCAAUCAAGAAAACUCCUCUUUUUCCCCUCAACUUCUCUUAUUCUUCUUUCUCAUUCCACUCUUUUCAGUCUACUGGCAAGCUUCCCACUUGCAUCGCGUCCUUGAAAGCUUGUGCCCAUCACCAGAACCUCACCAAAGGCAGAGAAGUCCACGCAUGGAUGCUUAUCAAUGGCUUCCUCAGAUCCCCAUUAUCCGUCACCAGCUUAAUCAACAUGUACGCUAAGUGUAGCCAAAUGAUUUAUGCCCUUUUGGUCUUUGAAUGUUUGGCCUCGGAUUCAAAUGUUUAUACUUGGAAUGCAAUCAUUGCUGGUUUCAUUACCAAUGAUCUAGCCCAAGAUGCGUUUCAGUACUAUAGAAAAAUGCGACAUGUGGGAGUUUCGCCUGAUAAAUUUACAUUUCCAUCUACAAUUAAAGCUUCUUGUGAUCUUUUGGAGAUAAAGAAGAUCCAUGGGGAGUUAUUCAAAUUUGGGUUGGAGUUUGAUCCGUUUAUUGGUAGUGCUUUGGUGAACUCUUAUUUAAAAUUUGGUUUUAUGGAUGAUGCUCAUACCUUGUUUGAAGAAUUGCCGAUAAGGGAUGUUGUGCUUUGGAAUGUAAUGAUGCAUGGCUAUGUGCAGAUUGGGCAGUUUGAUAUGGCUUUGAUGGUUUUCAGACAAGCGAGUGAAGAAGGGAUUGUUCCCAGUAAAUUCACUGUUACUGGGAUCUUAUCAGUUUUUGCUGUGACAGGGGACCUUAAAAAUGGGAGAGCAGUUCAUGGGUUUAUAAUGAAAAUGGGGUAUGAUUCAGGAGUUGCAGUUUCAAAUGCUUUGGUUGAUAUGUAUGGAAAGUGCAAAUGUGUUGCUGAUGCACAGAAAAUUUUUGAAAUCAUGCUUGAAAAGGAUAUAUUUUCUUGGAACUCAAUUAUAUCUGUUUAUGAACAGUCUGGUGAUCAUGAUGGAACUCUACGGAUUUUUGAUCAAAUGUUAGAUGCUGGGAUUCGGCCUGAUUUGGUCACAAUAACAGCGGUCCUUCCUGCCUGCUCCCAUCUGGCAGCAUUGAGGCAUGGUAGAGAGAUUCAUGGUUACAUGAUUGUCAAUGGGUUGGGGAAGGAUGUUGAGAGUAAAAGCAUUGAUGAUGUGUUUGUGAACAAUGCCGUUAUGGACAUGUAUGCAAAAUGCGGUAGCUUGAGGGAUGCUCACUUGGUUUUUGAUAAGAUGAUUAAUAAGGAUGUGGUAUCAUGGAACAUUAUGAUCCUGAGUUAUGCCAUGCAUGGGGAUGGCGGUAAGGCAUUAGAUAUGUUCUCUAGCAUGUGUAAGGAGCAAUUGAAGCCUGAUGAGGUCACAUUUGUUGGGAUUCUGUCAGCGUGCAGCCAUGCAGGAUUUGUGUGUGAAGGUCGUGAGUUCCUGAGACAAAUGAAGUCAAAAUAUGGUGUGGUUCCACAAAUUGAACAUUAUACAUGUGUGAUUGACAUGCUUGGCCGGGCUGGGCAGCUUGAGGAGGCUUAUGAGCUGGUAUUAACAAUGCCAAUUGAAGGCAACCCAGUAGUAUGGAGGGCUUUCCUAGCAGCAUGUCGGCUCCACAAGAAUGCUGCUUUGGCUGAGGUUGCUGCACAAAGGGUAUUUGAACUCGAUCCAGAGCAUUGUGGGACUUAUGUGCUAAUGUCAAAUGUUUAUGGAGAAGUUGGUCGAUAUGAAGAGGUAUUAGGGAUGAGGCAUACAAUGAAACAACAAAAUUUGAGGAAAACACCAGGGUGUAGCUGGAUUGAGCUCGAAAGUGGUUUGCACGUUUUUGUUACUGCUGAUAAGACACAUCCUGAAGCAUUGCUUAUUUAUGCAGGAUUGAGCUCAUUAACUGCUCGUCUGCGUGAGCAUGGAUAUGUGCCUAAUGUAUAGAUUCAGAUAUGCACAGGGCAUUAAGAGCAGCAUCUGUUUUCUCUAACUGAAAAUUUUCCUUUUCCAUCUUGAUUUAGUUGCAAAAAUUGAGCAAAUUGGAUUAAAAAUUUCAAGAAGUGAUAUGAUGAUUCCUUUUGGAUAAAACUUCAGCAGAAGUUGUUUUUGUUUGAUUUCAAUGUGGGGCAUUUAUCAUAUAGUGACACUCAAUCAUGCCAGGGUUAAUGUGAUUAGACAUGAAACAUAUGUAGAAAGGAUUGUGAAUUUAGCAGCAUGGAAUGAAGAAGCCUAAGCUAUUUUUGUGGGGUGUGUGGAUUGGCAUGCAACCUCAGGACA